AUGGUGUUCGACCUGAAUCGCACGGGAAGAGGCCCAGUGACCGAAGACACUUCUACUACGGAUACUAAUCAAGGAAUUACUAAAAUUCGGGACACAUCGCAAAAAGUCCGUUGCAUUGAAGAGGCAAUCCAACUUGUUUGCAAAGCUCUGAUGCACAAGAUAUCUGCCCUGGAAAUGAUCCCUAUGGAUAAGAUGAACGCCUCUAGCCCUCUGACUGAUUAUGGUCUGGACUUGAUCAGUGCGAUCGAACUGAGGAACUGGGUCAUGCGUGAUAUGGGAGCUGCUACAUUGGGCCUUCAGGACAUUCUUUCGAGCCCGAGCAUCACAGAUUUGAUUUGGCAACUCUGA